UUCUAUCUGUGCCAGCCCAGCCUAUUUUAUACAGUCUAUGGUACCAGCCAGCGCGCGACUCUUCUCCCUCCGCUGACUCAGAGAGACACGUCUGGACUCAAGGUGAGCGUGAACAUCAGCAGAGAGAGAGCCCGCAUUAUCUCUGAAGGACUUCCUAAUGGCGACCAAUUAUUCCACCCCUACACACUUUGUUGGUAUACAUGAGAAAGCGUUCAUCUUUGAAGAGGGUGUAAAAGAUGAGCCAGAUUUGUGUUUAGAUGCCUUUAGGAAGUCCAAAGAGUUCCAUCAAUGCUGGAUCAAAAACGAGGACAAAUGCCUGAUUUUUCAUGAAAGAGAAGUCCAAAAACAGUUCUUAACUGAGGUUGAGCAAAACCAGUCUGGCUGCCAAUGUACCAUCCAGAUUUACCAUGACAGCAGCUCGGAGCAAGCGCAAGGGAGGGCCGUCAUGCUGUAUGUCAUCCAAGACGGACAGAAUAUGGUGGUCUGCUGCACUGAGAAUAAGGAUGUUUGUGCUGAGGCCAUGGAUCUUCCCAGCAAAAUUGAUAAAGACGCACACAAAGCUGUGUUCUACCGGAGGAGUCUCCAAUCAGGGACUGACAUGUACAUGUUUGAGUCGUCUCUGUACCGGUCUCGGUUCCUGGGAUUCAACAAGUCUAGUGAGCAGAGUUCUCUGGACAAACUGGUGCUGUGCCAAAAGGAUGACAAGGAAGUGAAUGAGCGCUGUGAGUUUUCCUUGUUUAAAUGCAAAUAACCAUUUCUAAUUGUUGAUUCAAAGAAACAGAGUUUGGUGGUCCAGAUGAGUUUUUGUUGGAAUCAUUGUCCCUAUAUCAAGAUCAGCAGAAAGACACAUUUCAGUAUGUAACAGAUAAGAUUACUGUUGUGUACGUCCAGAAAAUGGGAUAAAUGUAGCAGUGUUGUAGUCCAUCACCAAACCUCCAGCCUGAGUCAGACUCGAGUCCACAGGGUUCAGGUUGCAUCACUCUUUUUUGCAUUUGCUGUAAAAUCUUUGAAAGCAAAAAAAUUACCGCCUCUUUGGGCGUCCUCAUCUUUCGAAUGCAGACAGUUUUUGAGUCUGAGUGCAAAUGCAAGUCUCAGGAGUCUCGAACAUUAAGACACGAGUCGGGCUGGAGUCUGAGUCCUGGACUUGAGUACUACAACACUGAAAGGUUUCCUCUCUUUUAUCCUUCAUGUUCACCUUCAUCCCAGAACUCACAUUUCUUUAGUUACACCUGGCCAAAUAGUUCUCAGUCCACAUGGAACUUUGUGUUUGAUAAACUCUACCUUAUAUGAGACAUGCAUGAAAUAUAAUCUACUAAAUCUGUUUCAGAGUUGUUUAGGUGUGUAGGAAUGAGAAUAUCUAGCGGUCACAUUCUGGGCUGAAGCGCGCCCCUUACCCCCAAUUUACACAGGAUGGGCCGCGUUGCGUUACAGCUGCACAGCGUUUUGUCUGUCCGAGGGCUUGCGCCCUGCUACACAGGACGUGUGUUGGGAGUGUAGCGCCAGUUCAGAGCAGCCAGGAUCAGCUGGGUCCAACAUAAAGAGAACUACAAACAAACAACAGGUCACAGAGCCUUUCUGUGGUUGAAAAAAUCCAAACUAUAAAGUUUGGAUUUUGCAGGUUUAGAUGAGUUUAAUAUGAAUAAUUCUGCUCUAUAUUGUUGUCCUGUUACCUUCUGACACAGUUAUCUAGCUUACAUCCAUAAUCCAUGAGUAUUUCUGAUCUUUACGAUCUUUAAACGGUCGGGAGUCCGUAUAUGAUGCUUUAUUUUGACAUUGGCAGAUGUUGCAUCCUUGUGCCUGACUUCCUGUCCAGGUCGAUCUUUUCUUUGGAGAUUGACACGUGCUGGGUGCGGGCUCCGUCGAAAAAUAGACUCUAUUAUGGGUUAGGUUUAGGAACUAAGUCCACUGACAAAUACUGUGGGUUAGGGUUAGGCAAGAACCCAGAGUGUUUAGCAUUAGGGUCGGCUGAGGGGAAAAUUGUGAGUAAGCCCAAAGGUUCGGGUUAGGAAUAUAGUCCACUGACAAAAACUAAGGGUUAGGUUUAGGAACUAAGUCCACUGACAAAUACUGUGGGUUAGGGUUAUGCAAGAACCCAGAGUGUUUAGCAUUAGGGUCGGCUGAGGGGAAAAUUGUAAGCCCAAAGGUUCGGGUUAGGAAUAUAGUCCACUGACAAAAACUAAGGGUUAGGUUUAGGAACUAAGUCCACUGACAAAUACUGUGGGUUAGGGUUAGGCAAGAACCCAGAGUGUUUAGCAUUAGGGUCGGCUGAGGGGAAAAUUGUGAGUAAGCCCAAAGGUUCGGGUUAGG